UACACCUCUCGUUCCAUCUCUCUCUCAACCUAAAAAUCGCUGUCUUUCCCUCUCUUUCUUUCUGCAACCCAUCACCACCCCCAUGUCCUCCUCCUGUAACUUGUCACCUUUGAAUCACUCUUCAUAGUCAGAGCCUAACCCAAUCUCACCCCUUAAAUUAAUCUUGCAAACUAUAUCCCGUAAAUUUAGUGAAUGAAUAAUCCAUUGAUGUUUCAUGCAACUAAUUGAUAUGGCAUUCCCUCCUCCUCCUCCUCCUCAUCAUCAUGGUUUCAUCUUUCAUUCCCAAGAAGACAAUGACCACCUUCCCUCUCCUUCCUCUCUCAACUCCUUCCCCUCUUCUUGUCCUCCUCAGCUCUUCCCAGGCGGUGGAGGACAUUUCAUGAUGAAGAGAUCGAUGUCCGUUUCUGGGCAGGAAAAGUGUGAAGAAGUGAAUGGAGACGAUGACUUGUCUGAUGAUGGAUCACAACUAGGGGAGAAAAAGAAAAGGCUCAACUUGGAGCAGGUUAAGGCACUUGAGAAGUGCUUUGAGUUGGGGAACAAGCUUGAGCCUGAGAGAAAAAUGCAGUUGGCCAAGUCUUUAGGCCUCCAGCCAAGGCAGAUAGCUAUAUGGUUUCAGAAUAGAAGGGCUAGAUGGAAGACUAAGCAAUUGGAGAAAGACUAUGAAGUGUUGAAGAAACAGUUUCAUUCACUUAAAGCUGAUAAUGAUGCCCUUAAAGCCCAAAACAAGAAACUUCAUGCAGAGUUAAUGGCUCUAAGAGGUAGAGAGUCAAAUUGUAUUGAAGCUAACCCAAAGAAAGAAACUGAUCAGGGUUCUUGGAGCAAUGCAAGUGAGAACAGUUGUGAUGCUAAUUUAGAUGUCUCAAGAAAUCCAGUGGCAACCAGCCCAGUCUCUAAUUCUCAACUAAGCACUAAGCAUCCCUUCUCCACAUCCAUCAGGCCUACAAGCAUGACUCAGCUGCAUCAAAGCUCAUCACCAAGACCAGACCUCCAAUGCCUGAAAGUUGAUCAAUUGGUUCAAGAAGAAAACUUCUGCAACAUUUUCAAUGGCAUGGAUGAGCAGCAAGGAUUUUGGCCAUGGCCUGCAGAGCAGCAUACACCAUUUUCACUAAACCAAAACCAUUUCUCCAAUAAUUAACACACUUCCAACGGUUGAGCUAUGUUUGAGUGAGAUUAAUUAAUGAAGAAGGAAGCUAGGAUUUUUUUCCCCCUACCAAUUUCAGCUCCCAUUUUUUUUGGGUUAAGUGUAGAUUGGUGUAUAGAGAGACAAAUUUGUUUUGAGUAUCAUCAAAAUUGGCCCAGAAGUCAGUAUGGGGGAAACUGGUAGGUAUGAAUGGAACAAUUUCAUCCCCAUAAAUUGAUAUAUUUGCUAGGUUGGUUGGAUCUCAGAAAAUUAAAAAUUUUCUUUUAGUUAAUUAAGGUACAUGUGCCAGUGAGUGGGUUCCUGCUCUGGCAAAUAGCAUGGGCCAUCAAUAAGAAAAAAGAAAGAAAGAAA